UUCAGCCCGGCACGCAGCGCCACACUCACCGCGCUCCGCGCCGGCCGCUGCCGCUGGGCCCGGGCCAACCCGGACGUGAGGGCAAGGCCGAGCCGGCCCCUUCCCGCCCACCGCAGCGGCACUUCCUGCGCGCCGCGCACUGCUCCCGCCCUCAGCGCGCCCCUCCCCGACGUGCGCAGCGGCGUCAUCUGUGCGCGCCGGAGGCGGUGGCGGUCUGGUCGGCGAACGGCAGCUUCCAAAUCCAUCAUGGAUUAUCUCUCUAAACCUGGGCUCCUCAGUGUCAUCGCGGGAGUUGCAUGUGGGGUGUGCCUGGGCUGGGGCCUCCGCGGGAGACUUCUCAGGCAGCCCAAAGUCAGAAUGUCUGCACCUGCCAACAGCCUGGGGAGUGAAGCUGACAUCAUGGGAGAGUCUGGGGAGUUCAAGAUGGUGCUGAUUGUCCGCAACGACUUGAAGAUGGGCAAGGGUAAAGUAGCAGCACAGUGUUCCCAUGCUGCUGUUUCUGCCUACAAGCAAGUUCAGAGAAGAAAUCCUGAGCUCCUGAAACAGUGGGAGUACUGUGGACAACCUAAAGUAGUCCUCAAAGCUCCUGAUGAAGAGACUUUGAUUCAGCUCCUGGCAGAUGCUAAACACCUUGGACUGACUGUGAGCUUGAUCCAAGAUGCAGGUCGUACUCAGAUAGCUCCAGGCUCCAGGACAGUCCUUGGUAUAGGACCAGGACCAGCUGAUUUAGUAGAUAAAGUUUCUGGUCAGCUAAAGCUCUUUUAAACUGGGGACCAUAGAAAUCUAACACACUGGUGUCUGUCAGUCCUGAAGGGAUAAAGCCCAAGCUUGGGGAUUUGUCUAUGAAUAAAAUAAUGAUUUUUUAAAGAGACUUCUCAAUUGCAAAUCAUGAGUUUCUAGUUUUUGUAUUGUGUUCUAAAGUGGAAAGAAAAU